AUGAGCAACACACCUGACAUCGAUAACGAUGAACCGCUAUUUCAGUUUGAUCCAUACGAUGGAAGACAGUCCUUUGUCGCCCGCCAGCCGUCUCAGCAGCCUCCAAUGAGACCACAGCCUGCCUGCAUCCCACACACCAUGGCUUCUCAUGAUGCUUUGCCCACAUCUGGGGAGCUGGUCGGGAACGAGCCCCACACACUGUCCGCCGCCGCCAAAGGCAAAGAACGGACGAUGCCAAUGCCCAUCCGCGCCUCCACGAUCCUCCACGAUCUGUUCGAUGCGUCGUCCCCGAGCAUAGCGUCCCCGUCGAGCUCUAGCUACAGGGCAUUUGAGAGCUCCUCAUCCUCCAUAACCACACUUAGCCCAGCAUCUGCUUUCUCAUCCCCUGACUUCAGCUCUAGGUACCGUCAGCGCAGCUUCUCCGUCGAGAGCAUGGAGCAGUUGGAGACCCCCGACGCUGACAUAUCGUCCCUCAGCGCGUUCUCCGGCAAGGGCAAGCAGAAGGAAUCCUACCCGAUCCUGCCUCCUUUGAACUUCUCGGUCAUGGAGCUGCACUAUGGGCAGAUUGAACCGCCCACUCCUGGCCCAUCGUCGUACGGCACAUUGUACAGCCCACCUCCGAAAUCUGACUGUUUGCCUCCUACUUCAGUUUCACCCGACCGACAUAUUAUCGUUCCUCCUCCGUCACAAUCACCUCCUUCACCCGAUGCCAGUCCUCGUGUAUCCCUUCCCUCUAUACCGCGUUUCCGAUCGCUUUCUAAUUUAUCUCGCCAAUUGACUCCUUCGCUCGGAUCUGUAUCAUCAGCAAUCGCAUCUCAAGCAACGUUUGGACCCUCAUCUCGUGUUCCCAGCAAUCUUUCGCGCCAUCUCAGCUUGGAGAAACAGGACAAUAACAAUAACGACCGCCCCCUUAUAGAAUCCGCUCGGAAGACCCCUGAGCCUUCUACAGUGAUAUCCAAGUCGGACUUAUCAGUCAUCGAAAGCGAGCCAGCCAGUCCAUUGGCCUGGUAUACGGCCUCCAAGCCGACGGCCAGUUCCGCCCCGACAUCACAUGAAUCCUCUCCUCGUGUGUGGCUCAAGACCAAGACUCGAUCCCAGUCAUCGCCCUACCCCAUCUCAGCACUAGACUUCAUCCCGAUUGCAUCGACAGACAUAUUCCAGCCCCUUCCUAUCGUGAUCCCAAAUUAUUUCAAUCUCAUCCUACCCAAAGAGCUGCGUCUACAUAUCCUCCGCGCUCUCGUCGACCUGCACGAACAUGAGUACCAACGAUCGGUACGUGAUGGCCGACUCACUAUGGCCAAAGCGAUCUCGUCGAAGGGACGAUGGGUGGGUCGGGAUAAAGGAGUUCGAGAGCUGUUCAAAUUGAGCAGAGUCUCCAAGGGAUGGCAGAGGCUCGUCUUCGAUGGCGAGCUUUGGGCACAUCUGGACCUUCACUCUUUCCCGGGAUUGCCGCCAGCGAUUAUCGUUCGGAUCGUCCAAUCUGCCGGAACGUUCAUUCGCACCUUGAAUUUUGCGGGACAUGUCCAUCUUCAGCCCGAGAAUAUGACUAACAUGGCCAACGGUCUUUGUAUGACCGUUCCACAGGUGUCGCCGCUAUCGUACACCCAACUCACAACGAUCAACCUUCAAGGGUGCAUCGGAUUGACGACGCGAGUCCUUCAUCAUCUCCUCGUUCGAUCCAAGUACCUCAAGACACUUUGCGUGAAGGGCCUUGGAGCAGUCACUAAUACCACCUGCGAUAUCAUCUCCAACUUCUGCCCGAAUAUCGUAUCGCUUAAUAUGAGCCAAUGCCACAGUAUGGACGCGGAAGGCAUACGAUCGCUUGCUGUUGCUGCACUCCUUCGCAGAGAGUACUUACAGCUGAAGGAGCUGCGGGUGUCUGGCCUCAAGCACGUUACCGAUAAGAUGAUGCGUGCGCUUGGGCGCGCUGCACCAUACCUGGAGGUGCUGGAUCUCAGCUACUCCCGCCAGUUGCACAACUCCGCUUUGGACGAGUUUGUGGCAUGCGACGAAUCCAUGGACUCUAUUGACCUCGGCGUCGAGACCAUCGUCGUGUCUGCCCGAGACCUUGGCCGCGAGACCAGCGACACCGUCGCCCCCAGAUUCAAGCGUCGCGUUACACGUUUGCGCCACCUCAACAUCUCGUUCUGUAUUUUGUUGACGGACAAUGCGUGCGCGAACUUGGCCCACUCCGUGCCCAAGCUCGAGUUCUUCGAGAUGGCUGGCAUCGGGCCCGACCUUAGAGAUGCGGGCCUGGUACGGCUGCUCGAACAGACGCCGUACAUUAGGCGCUUGGACCUCGAGGAUGCAUCGGAAAUCACGGACGCGGUGAUUAGCACGGUUACGCCGUACGUCGACGAGGAAGACGACACUAACGACGACGCCAAUCGUAGAUCGGAGGCCGAUUCUUCUACCAAGAAGAAUUCUGUGGAUGACAAACAACCAGGCCAUGUCCUCCAGCACCUUAACAUAUCCCAUGCUACCAACAUCACCGAUGCGACCUUGCUCGGCCUCGUUCGCAACUGCACCACGUUGACAGUUCUCGAGGCGGACAACACCCGCAUGGGUGCCAACGUCCUCAAGGAGUUCGUGCGCCUCAGCAGGCAGCGCAAAGCUCUCAACGCCAAGAUCGUGGCUAUCGACUGCCGGGGCAUAAGCGAGAGUCUCGUUAAGGAGCUCUCGCCGUCCAUCCGCCCUCGUCUUGGCUGGCGCGCGUACGAAGCCCGCAAGCUGCACUACCUCGACAAGCGGGACGAUGUCGAGGAGGAACUCAAAGCUGGCCACGGCCAGGACGAGUGCGACGAAACUAGAGUCGUGCUCAAGACGUUCUACUCGUGGCAGACGGUCGACGCGGUCAAGGCGAUCAAGGAGAAGCGGAGGAAGGCGAACAGGCGCGCCGCAAGUGAGUCCUCGACGGCGAGUGCGGCUGAUGCAGACGCAGGCGGUGGAGGUAGGUCCACGAGGUGGUGGUCGCCUGGUGGGAGGAGGUCCAGUGGGAGGGGUGCUGGAUCAGGUAGAGGCUCGCCGCCCAUCCUCCCAGAUCUGACCAAUGAUGGGUGCAGGACGAUGUAG